AUGAAACUUGCUGGAGACGAUCGUUUGAAUAAUGAAUAUGAAAUAGGCGUUGAAUAUUUUAUUAAGUAUGCAUUUGGAAAGACGGGUGAAAAAGAGAAGAUCAAAUGUCCAUGUGUUAAAUGCAAAAACUCAUCAUUUGGAUCUCCAAAUAUGGUUAGAGAUCAUUUAUUAACUUUUGGCAUCAUUCAAAGUUAUAAUUUUUGGUAUCAUCACGGGGAAAGGGUGGGUGAGGAUGCAUUUGAGUCACCAACUGUAGGAGAUGAUGAUGGAUUAAUAGAAAGUGAUGGUGAAGAUGAGAUGGAGACACCGCUAAGGGAUUUUUUUCCUAAUAAUUGUGGUUUUGCUGAAAAUGAUAUGCAUGAUGGUUCAUCGAGUACUAGACGUGAAGAUCCUAAUGAUGAAGCAAUGAGAUUCUAUAGAUUAUUUGAUGAUUUUCAGAAACCUUUGUAUGAAGAUUUAGGUCUCUCAUAUGAAAAGAUAGAUGCAUGUGUUAAUGAUUGUAUGCUAUUUUGGAAAGAUGAUGAACAAUUAGAACAUUGUAAAGUUUGCAAGGCUGCUAGGUGGAAACAAGGUAAGCAUAGUGGAGAAACUAGAACCAGGGAAAAUGGUAAGAGAAUACCUCAAAAGGUACUUCGAUAUUUUCCACUAAAGCCUAGACUUCAACGUUUGUUUAUGUGUUCAAAGACGGCUUCUGAUAUGAGAUGGCAUAAUGAAAGGCAAGCUGAAAUUGGUGUGCUUAACCACCCUUCUGAUGGGAAAGCAUGGCAAGAUUUUGAUGAAAACCAUCCAUCAUUUUCUUCAGAACCUCGUAAUGUUAAGUUAGGGCUUAUAAGUGAUGGAUUUAACCCGUUUUCUAAUAUUGCAAACCCAUAUAGCAUUUGGCCUGUUAUGUUAGUUCCAUAUAAUUUACCUCCCUGGGUUUGUAUGAAACAAUCUAGCAUGAUGUUGUCAAUGCUUGUACCCGGCCCAAAAGGACCAGGUGAUGCAAUAGAUGUCUAUUUACAGCCUUUCAUAGAAGAGUUGAAAGAGUUAUGGGAAGUGGGCGUUGAAACCUAUGAUGCUUCCAAAUGUGAAAAUUUUAAAAUGCAUGCUGCUUUGCUUACAACAAUUAAUGAUUUUCCUGCUUAUGGCAUUUUAUCUGGAUGGAGUACAAAAGGAAAGCUGGCUUGUCCUUGUUGUCACAAAAAAACAGCUUAUUUGAGGUUGAAAAAUUGCUGUAAGCAUGUGUAUAUGCGUCAUCGACGUUUUCUUCACAUUAAGCACUCAUGGAGAAAGAAGAAAGAUGUAUUUGGAAAGAAAUAA